CAAGGAUGCAGUGCUACUUCUGGCUAAUGGUCGCUUUGACGGCGCUGGCCGCCGCUCAUGGCGCCCCCAGUCAAUCCCAGAUGCCGCAAUCUGCGACACAGCUGGCCUUGGACAUGUAUCAUGGCUGCCUCAAGGAUCUUAGCAUCUCUUGUGUGCGUCCCAAGGCACUGCAUUGGUACAACAUGGCACUGCAGCAGCCGGAAGUGAAACUAACUGAUCGUCUGUCCAUUGUGCGCACCUCGCAGUCCACCGGCAGUGCCUCCUCACGUUCCCAGAAUGCCGAGCAACAAAUGUUCGACAACAUCGACAGUUAUCUGGGCAGCCAUGCUCUGAGGAUUCAGGCGCCUGAAUACUUCCGCAGCUCCGAGGCACGCUCGUUGGUGCCCGACUUUCUGUUGGAGAAUCCACUGACCCAGGGCGGCAUUGUGCCACUUUCAACUGCCAACGAGGGUAGAGGCAUGAUCCGCAAGGCCGUGUUGCCCUUCCUGCUGGGCUUGAAGCUGAAGACCACAGUGCUGAUGCCACUGGCUCUUGGCCUGAUUGCCCUCAAAACCUGGAAGGCAAUGACACUGGGUCUGCUGUCGCUGGUGCUGUCCGGUGCUCUGGUUAUCUUCAAGAUUGCCAAGCCCAAGAUUGUUAACUACGAAGUGGUGCACUAUCCCCACCAUGUCGAUCAUGUGGUGCCACAUCACAUCGAGCAUGUGGUGCCCCAUCACAUUGAGCACAUUGUGCCACAUCAUAUUGAUCACCAUCUGGAGCAUCAUAUCGAUCAUCAUGUCGAUCUGCCAGUGGAGCAUAUCGAGCACUUGGAGCAUCCAGCGCCCGCCUGGGAUCCACAUGCUUGGGCACGCUCCUCCCAAGAGCCAGAGGAUGCCCAGGACAUGGCCUAUGCGGGUCAAAAGAGGCGUUAAUUCCAUCCAAAUCCAAUUCCCAAAUUGAACAUGCUGCGACUUUAUUUAUUUGUUCUAUUUAUUAAGUAGUUGGAACGUUUAUACGUAUUUAUUGUUUAUUAUUUAUUUAUUUAUGAGAAUUGUACAAAAGAGAAUAACAGAAAAAGGAAAAACAAAAACAAAAUGCAAUAUGUAUUGAAGACAUGGAACCCAGCUGGAAUUCCGUGUCGUUUCUGUAAAUAUUUAUGCAAUAAAAGUAUGCUAAAGUCAUUUGGCUAAUUGAAGGUA